AGUUGUGCCGCGAGUGGGGGUGCGUGUGGCGCGUGCGGAAGACGCGGCCUGUGCAGUGGGCGCUCCAACCAUGGCCUGUGAGUGCGAGUCGCGACCUGUGCGCAUGGCGACGCUACUCAAACGCUGGAAAAUGCGCAUGCUGGGAAAGUACAAGCAUCUGUCAGGCAUCGCGUCGGACAGCGAGUGCCGUCGCUCUGAGGUGUCUCUCAGGUCGGCGUCGUCCAGUCGCUCGGGCCCUGUCGGCGGCGACGCUCGACCCAGCCGGAGCCGGCCGGCCGCCCAGCCCUGUCAGGCCGGUCGCGGCUCGUGCUCCAGCUUUCCGCGGACGGCCCGUCGUCGACGAGCUCCUUUGGUCAGAGCCCAGGACACGGAACAGCAGCCUGGCCGGCCCGCAGCCAAAAACGAGUUCAGCUUUACCCUGUACGACCUGGACGGACAGGGCUGCGUCACUCAGGAUGACAUUGCUGGACUCGUGCGGACCAUAUACGAGCUGGUCGGCUCGUCCAUGGACGUACCCGCUGGCGGCGGCAAGACCAUCAACGUGCGGCUUACGGUGACCCCCGAGCCGCCGCCCCCGCCGCCUCCCCCGCCCGCCGGGACUGAGGCGGCGGUGGAGCGCCGGGCUCCCCUCGCACUCCCGACCAGCCGCCGUGCCGCCCAGCCCACGUCACCUGUGAUGUCAGAGAUGACGUCACAGUGUCGACGACGUCACCUGACGUUCGAGCCGCCGGCGAAGAGGCAUCUCACAGAGCUACUCAGGGACAGCAUGGAGAAGAACAACGUGACCUACAACAACGUGGCCAGCUACACCAACGUCAAACGGUCUCACACGUGUCGCGAACACGUGCGCCACGGCACGUGUCGCCCCGUGGAGACGGAGAACCACUACUGCACGGUCGGCGAGCUCUUCUGUCCAAACGCCGCCGCCGCCGCCCAGACGCCGCGCCAGCAGCAGAGGGAUGACUACGAGCUGCUGACGCGCUGUGCAGAGUUCGCCCUGCGCGCCGAGCAGCAGGCUCGCCAGCGGUCGCGGCGCGCAGCCGGCCGGCCGCCUGGAGUGGGCGGGGGCGGGGGCGGCACGGAGCCGCCGCUGCCGCCCAGAGACAGCCGGCCCGUGCACCAGCAUCACCACCGGCACGAGCACGUGCACCAGCACUAUCACCACUACCCGAGCAACGUGCUCAUCUUGUGAGACUGCACCAUUUGGCUCGGCAGAGGGCCGAAACGGCACAGACUGGAUAAUGAAUUGACUAUUGGCUCGAAGGAUGGAGCAGUUUUGGUUAAAAGGUGAUGUGCAUUGGUGAUGUGAGUAGCAUUUAAGACCAGUGACCAAGUCAGGGUUAUUCUGUAAUUUAUAUAUUGUCGGUGUCGUAUUUCCAGUGAUUCGAAUACAUUCUUUAGUUGUUUUCUGUUGCCUGAUUUUACUGUUCUGUGUCUUGUGAGCGUAGUGUGUCACUUUUGUAAGACUUACUCAGUGAAAUGAUAGCAAUGUUGGUGCUGAGGAUGACAAUAUUGGUGUGCGCGAUUGUUUGAUAUGUGUUUGCUAUUCCAACAGCGACCAUGUGUAGUUGCACGUAAGCGUAUGAUGUUCAAUCUCAACCGCCUCGCAUUUAUGCUUUGUAUAGUAUUCGCUCAUAUUGUCAUGCCUACAUGUUGCCUUACAUGCCUACAUGCCUAGUAAUUUAUUUGCCUCGUCUACAUGCCAUGCCUGCCUACGUGCCUUGCCAGUUAGCGUAUCCGAGUGGUGUAACUCUCUUGUUGGCUACCGGUAUGAGUACAAGUUGUGAUCAAACACUCCUUCCAUGCUGCACAGUGUAUCCGCAGUGCCUGAAGACCUUCCGACAUACUCGUUCGUCUUUGUUUGUAUACGUAAGCGGCGGUUUCAGAAUUUGGUGGCCUUGUGCCGCUCGAGUGUCGGCUUUGAGGCUAUGCGAGGUCGUUGCGUGUUGUGUGUAGCAACGGGGGGGGGGGGGGGGAGGGGGUCAGAAAUUUGCCUGACCCUAGCGGUCAGUUUUGUUUUCUAAUAUGCGUAUUUUUUACAAACAUGAAGCCAGCGGUCACUAUGACGCCUUUUGUACCGAAAAGUCCAGCUGAACCAAGUUUUACGGAUAGGGACGUGUGUAGCUUCGGCGAUUCAAACAAACACUACCAUUUUACCCAGAAUCGGAGUGUCGCGAGCGUCAAUGCGCUAGCGCCUGGUCUACUACCUCGUCUAACAUGUCACAGGCACUGCCGCUGCCGUAACUACAGAAUGUGCUGAACGGAGCUCGUUGCAUUGAACGCGUCCUUUGUGAAGUGGCUCGAAUGCAGGCGAGGUCGACCGUAUUAGCAGCACUUCGCCUGUGGGUCACACCGUGCUACUGAAUAUGGCAGAAAUGUCACGUAUGCAGAAUACAGCUCUUACUGAA